UGGGCGAACCUCUAUAUAAGAAGAGCUCCUCUUGCCUUCUUUCACCAUCAACCUCGUCCUCCUCUCAUUUCUUACAAACUCUCUGCAAAGAGACAAGCAAAAUAAAAGACCAACAAGAGUUAAAGACUCUGUCGGAGAAAGAAGACUCUGUCGGAGAAAGAAGACUCUGCCGGAGAAAGAAGACUCGGUCGGAGAAAGAAGACUCUGUCGGAAAAAGAAGACUCGGUCGGAGAAAGAAGACUCGGUCGGAGAAAGAAGACUCUGUCGGAGAAAGACAUGGUGACGAUAUUCAAACAAACAUGCCUGGCCUGAUCAAGCCGGAGGUGGCGGAUGAUGCGAAGAAUAGUCGUGCGCUCGGUGACAUCGGAGAGAGGAAGUCAAAACCCAACCGACUCCAACGGACGUCGCGCUUAUGGUUUAAAGAUGGAUGCAUAUGUGAAGAAUCGCCGGAGCUGAUCAGAACCGAGAGAGAGAGAGAGGAAGCCAAAUCCCACACUGCCCAUACGGUCAAACAUUCCUUCCACCGACACCUGUUGUCAUUUUUGACCGAUGAUGACGCAAUCACCAACCUCCUUCCUUCUUUAGAUUAUAUUCCGGGCUCACAAUUUUACAAGGUGGAAGCAAUUGUCAGGGGCACUGUUCGGUUUUUCCCGCAAGGACCUUCAUCAUGUGAAGUGGAACUAACCUUUGCGUACGAAGUUCCGCUGCUACUUGUACCAUUUGCAACAGCGCUUCAACCGCUAAUGCAAGGAAUGAUUAAGGAUAGUUUGGAGCUAUUUGCAGAGAUUGCAAAAACCACAAAGACCACUUAGUUUAUACAAAAAACACAACACCGAAACUUAUCCACAAGGAAUUUGCACAGAGAAUCAUUGUUAUGACGAGAGAGUUACCAUAUUUAAUUUUUUAUAAAGGAUUGUUCAUGUCAAGAAUAGUCGUGCGCUCGGUGACAUCGGAGAGAGGAAGCCAACGGUCAGAUCUGUCUUUUUUAUAUAUUUUAUGUGUGUUUUUCCAUUUACAUUGUCGUGUAUGAAUCGAAAACAAAUCGUGAUGAUAUGUUCUUUUUUGGGAGGUCUAUGAAACAGGAGGUCGCGCAUAUGGUUUAAAGAUGCUGCACAUGUGAAGAAUCGCCGGAGCUGAUCAGAACCGAGAGAGAGAGAGAGGAAGCCAAA